AACUGACAGAUGACAUAACGUAUUCUUGGCAACGGUAGGCAAGAUGAUUUAUAAACAAAAAACAUUUAAAAUACUUAUUAUAAUUCACAACUAAAUAAAAUCAUUGUAAUAAAUGAGGUGUUGGGAAAUUUGUCAACUUUAUACAGUAUUGUGUUUCUCGUUAACGUAUAAAAUAUAUCAAAAGUGAAAUGGCUUCUACUAAUAUUCGGGAUCAACUCGAACAUCAACGUCAGCGUGUGGAACAGAGGAUGAAGCAAAAGCGCCAAAGUCUUGGAUUGGUUCAAGCUAACGACUUGAGAGUUGGUUCUGCAAAGCGUCCUAUCUCUGGUAGUCGUUCUAGAGAACUCCACGGCUAUGAUGGUCCGAUGCAAUUUCUUAUGUCUCCAGUAAAUCCUGACCAAGUUAUACCUCUUCAGACAAAUAGAAUUUCCACUUAUGAUGAACUGGGCAAUCAAAUUGAAGUCUUAACAGUGGGUGAUGACACAGGAGAAGGUAGCGGUGAAGAGGGAGAAAGUGUGCCAGUUUGUAGUGUAGGACGAGAUGCAAGUGCAGAUGAUCUGUGUGCUGAUGCAGCUGUUGCACCUAUGCUGUCACGGCCCCAAAGAGAUGGUUCACCAACUCAAAAUGCAGAAAUAGAAGGCUCUGUAGAGGGUGCUGUUGAGACUUUUGUAAUAACUCCAGCUAAGCAUGGAACAUUGUACAAGUGUAGAAUAGCAAGGGACAGGAAGGGAAUGGAUAGAGGCCUAUAUCCUACUUAUUUCCUGCAUUUAGAAAAGGACUAUGGCAAGAAAGUAUUUUUAUUAGCAGGUCGGAAACGUAAAAAGUCAACAACAUCCAAUUACCUGAUAUCUACAGACCCAACAGAGUUAACACGUCAAGCCGAUAGUUAUGCUGGCAAAUUAAGGUCCAAUUUACUUGGUACAGCAUUCACUGUGUAUGAUAAUGGCAAGGCCUGGAGGAAGAACUCUAGGGAUCCUCCACGUCAUGAGUUGGCUGCAGUUGUAUAUGAUACAAACGUCUUGGGAUUCAAAGGACCGCGCAAAAUGACUGUAAUAUUACCAGGAAUGACCCCAGACAGGCAGCGGGUGACAAUCGCCCCACAGGAUGACUCAGAGACACUUCUAGAACGUUCUAGAAGCAAGAACUUUGAUGAUAUUGUGGUUCUACACAAUAAAACACCAGUCUGGAAUGAUGAAACACAGUCAUAUGUGCUUAAUUUCCACGGAAGGGUCACACAGGCAAGUGUGAAGAAUUUUCAGAUUGUACAUGACUCGGAACCGGAUUAUGUUGCGAUGCAAUUUGGUAGAAUAUCCGAGGAUGUGUUUACUAUGGACUUCAGGUACCCGCUGUGUGCCUUACAGGCUUUUGGUAUCGCGUUAAGUUCCUUUGAUAGUAAACUUGCCUGUGAAUGAUUUAUAACCGGAGAUUUUAAUUUUUAAGUGUGAAUAUUAUCGUUAUGUGACUGUUGAAUAGGUGUUUCAAUACAGAUAAAUUUACAAAAACCUGAGACUAAGGCUUUAUGCUAUAUUCCGAAACCAAAUCCAAAACUUGAGCUCUCUUGUAAUAACUAACAUGAAAUUGUUUAAUUUAAUCAUACAUUUAAUAUUUUAAUCAGGAUAUUCAAUAAGAAAAAUAUUUAUUUAAUAUAUGGCCCGAAAUAAUUGCUUUCUUAUUUACAAGUUCUUGUUGGAACACCAUUCAACAGUCAAUUUGAAUAAUAUUUAGGUUGAUUAAUUGUUUGAAUAAUUUGAUUGGGACAUUUUAUAACAGAUUUUGCAGCACGGAAAUAACACAAGGGUUUUUAAUUAUUCGUAACUCUAGUCACAAUAUCACUACUAUAGAAUUUUAUAUAUUAAAAAAUGUCCCAAUUAAUAGUGUUGUCCUAUUUUAAAGACAGCUUGGAUAGAGUCCUUUGACUCUUAUUUUUCCGACCAAGAUAAUACCUUGGAAUUUACUAUUUAUACAUUCCUUUGUGACUGUUAUUAAUGUAAUGUAUUAUUGUAAAUUAUUUAAAAAUAACGAAUUUGAUUAAAUCACAAUCAUGAUUUAGCAUUUAGUUAACUUUACGCACACUCCAUUUAUUGGUGCUUUUGAUUAUAGUUAUUUAUUAAUUUGAUCCAACGAAUCAAUUAUAAAAAUAGAACCAUGUUUUAGAAAGAUUUCAUCAUAGUAGUUAAUAAUAAGACCUUGACUUGAGGAAUUGAGAAAAUCUUAAGAUUUUAUAAUGAAUAAAAAUAAUGUGACCAAUUUUGAUGGAAUUUUGUUAGAUAGAUAUCACAAUUUUUCAUUGUAGUUUAUAAAACUGCAUUUACAUUUUAUCAACAAAUGUUUUUUUUAAUUAUCAAUUUACAGAUAACAAAAUACUUCUAUUUCAAAACCCCAGGGUUAUGUUAGGGGUAAAUAAUAUCCCUUAUUCAUACUAAUGUAAAAUAUCAAUCUAAUACAAGUUUUAACUAAUAUACAUACUCAAUUGUCUCAAUGUUAUAUGAGUUUAUUCUGUGAUAAAAAGAGACAGAGUGUAUAAGUAAAAACAGUAAACAAACUAUUUUAGUUUUUUUACUAAGGAAGGAAAUUUAUAUUAGUUGCUUAUGAAAACUUGCCCCAUUGUUGUGGUAUAUUUGAUUUACCAAAUUUAAUAUUAAUUGCAAAUAUAGCUCUUUUUAAAGUUGAAAAUUAAUUAAUCACAAUUAAUGUAAAUUUAUCUUAAUUGUUUAAGGAAUGUUGCAUUUAAAUGAAGUAUGUACAAUUUAUUUGAGCUAGUCAAUAUGAUUUAGACUAUUAUUUAAAUUUAAGUAUGCACAAAUUUUCCACCGGUUUUAGUAUGUAUUAUUUAUUGAAUAUUGUCAUGAUAAAGAUUGCAAAUCAACUGAUAAAUCAUAGAAUAUUUGAGUGAGUCAUUGUCAAAAGUAUUUGUAUAAAACAAUUAUUUGGUAAGGAAAUGCCAGUUAAGAUUCUAAUUUACUAUUGAUAUAUCAUUUUUAUUGCCAUUUGUUUUAAGUUAAAAAGUAGGGUAAAAAUCUAUGUGUGGUCUAUGGAGACUUAUUAAAAAUGAUUUUUUGUAUAGGUAAAGGAUACCGUAUGAGAAGCAGUUUUAACUAAAGGAAUUAUUUCUCUUUCUACCCAGUGUUCUUUACGAUGUGAUGAAUAGAGACGGUUUUAUGCGUAAAAAGAGUAAAGACGUUACAGUGAAUGUAACAAACAUUCGGUUUAUUUACGCAAUUAUUGUUUUUAACAUACAUACAAAAUUUGAGUACAAUUUAUUAUUGCUUUUGAGUAGGAAGGUUUUUUUAUCAUUUAAUCAAUUUCUAUACUAAAUUUAUAGUACCUAAUUUAGUCGAAGGCACUGAACCAUCAAUUAUGUAUUAAGAUACUUAUACUUAAUUUAUUUUUUACCAUUACAGUAUUAGCAAUAAGUAAGUUUAAGUUUUGUCGUGGUUCUUAUUGCCUAAAUUACAUAUAACAAUCACAAAUAAUUGGAAAAUCACAAUAUAGUUACUAGCAUAAUGCAUUUUAAAUAUUGAACUUGUCAUACAUACAUACUUUAAUUUUAAUAAACUAAUAUAUUAAUUAAAUUUUUUAAAUGAUGUGUAAGAUAAUUAAAAUAACGAUUAAAGCAUGAAACGAGCUUCUAGAUUAAUAUUUAAUAUAAAGUGCACGAUUUAAUCUCGAAUUUAUAGAUCUUUUGUAAAACAUAGAGCUUUCACAAUUUUUUAUAACGAAUUAAGUGUCUGUUUAACAUGGAUUUAGAAUUACGUCGCACGAAUUUGAUGAUGCUGAUUAUGCAGGAGUCUCGGGGGACAUUGGAACACCUCCAAGUGAUUUUUGCUGCCGGAAAUGUGUCUUAAGUAUUU